AUGAGUUCUCAUAUUGAUCCUCCACGAGGAGUAUUUACGCUACCGACCCUUUGUGAAUCUUCCAAUCCCUUUUGGGAAGUCAUUAAACUUUCUACUUCUAAACACUUUAUACUUCAAAGAACAAUAGCCUCAAGUAAUAGCAAUAACACAAUAGUUCGAGGUGUUUUUAGUACUAUACAUAAUGUGUUCGACACAAAUGCAUCUCCUUUUCGCAUACUCUUUCAACCAGAAAUAAAUGUGAAUUCAAUGCAAGUUGCCGUAUCUAAAUCUCAAAAAGUGAUCGAAGAUGCAUGGAAAUGGAUUGAAGAUAAUUUAGAUAAAGGAUUACUAAAACUUGACAAUGAAGAGAAAUUAGAGUUUGUUGUAACGAAAAUAAAUUCUUUGGUCACUCGUCAAGACAAAGGAACUGACGAAGUUUCUGAGGAUCAAGAAAUUCGAAACGCAUCAAGAACUUUUCGACAGGUCUUUAAUCUAGCAUCCACCGAGAGACUAGUUAGUUUCUAUUCGUGCGCGUAUCGUGGCAUUCAGCAAGGAUGGAUGUAUAUAAGCGAAAAUUAUUUGGGUUUCCAUUCCGUGAUACUUGGUAUCGAAACCAAGCUGUUCAUAGAGUUAAAAGAUGUACAAAAUCUGGUAAAAGAAAAAUCAAAACGCGGAAUAGUAUCCGAUUCUAUCAAAAUUAUUACGAAGGACGGCAAUGAGCAUUUUUUCUCGAAUCUUUUUCGUCGUGACGAAACUUAUGAUUUAUUAGUACAAUUGACAAAUUUGUCAAUGGAGCGAAUAUUGAAAAAUUCCACACUUGAACCGGCUCCAGGAUUUAUAUAUGAUGUCGAGAACUUUACUGAGAAUCUAAGACCAAGUACCCCCUUGACACCAGAACCUCCUUUAUCACCAAUGAUUCCACCUCUAAGAAAAAAUCUCGAAGAUCAAAAACGUGAUAAAGAAUUUCAAGUAUUAUAUAAUCUGCCCAUAACAGAACAUAUGAUGCAAGAAUGUACUUGCGAAUUUGUAAUGCCUGAAACGAAAGAAGUUUAUGUUGGUAAACUUCAGCUUUCGGAAGGUUACCUAACAUUUGAAUCUACCGAUAAAAAACAAUGUAGUCUAGUUUUACCUUUGUAUACCGUGCAAAGAGUUGAACGUCUCUAUAGUAAAACACAUGCUUUUGCUUUAUCCAUCUCGAAUUGGCAUAAAAUGAAAUUAUUAUUUCAAAUCAAUAUGCCAAAAACCUCAAUUGAUAAGUUUUGCAUGGUUCUUAGGGACAAUUUAAAAGACCAAGUCCGUCUUAUGAAAUCUUUAAAAUCAUUUUUAAAUACUUGUUUUUCAGAAACCUUAUUGGAUUCUAAAAAGGAGGAGUCUUCCAUAGGGCUUGGUUUAACAUUCGGGUUUCCAGGGGAUGCUAAAAG